AUGGAUAGGAUCAGUAAUCUGUCGGAUGAUUUGCUCCUGAAGAUUGUUUCAUCACUUCCUACAAAAGAUGUAGUCGCCACAAUGAUCUUGUCGAAAAGAUGGAGGUUUCUUUGGACGAUGCUUCCAAAGCUUGAUUUUGAUUAUGGUUCGGAACGGGACCCUUCCCAGUAUAGAAAAUACAUCAAGUAUGUGGACAGAUCAUUGGUAUUGAACAGAGCUCCGGUUCUAGAAACUUUGAAGUUCAAAGUUGGUCCUUGUUGCAGCUCUGAAGAUUUGGCGACAUGGAUCAGAAUGGGAAUGGUUCGCGAAGUGCGUGAAAUUGAAACUUUUGAUACAAACUGUUAUCAUAGAUCAAUCGAGUUACCAAAGACUCUCUAUACUUAUGAGAAGCUCGAGGUCUUGAAACUAGCCGCGUCGAUGACUCUUGAUGUUCCUAGCGACGUUUGUUUUCCGUCCUUGAAAACAUUGCACCUUAUAUGUGUAGAGCACAAAACCGAAGAAUCUCACCGUAUGCUUUUAUCAGGCUGCCCUGUUCUUGAGGAGUUGGUGUUGGACAAAACGUAUAACUGUGACAAUUCGCAAUCUCUCUACGUUGAAGUUCCUAGCUUACAAAGAUUAUCUAUACUUGAUACAUAUACCGAAGGCGAUGAUCCCCUUUAUGAGAUUGUGAUCAGUGCCCCGUCUUUGAAGUAUUUGAACUUUGUGGAUCUUCUUUGGUGA